CGUUUCGUCUCUUUUUUGUUGUGUUUUAAUUGAGUCUCAAAUGUAAACCAAAUGUAAGCAAAAACUAGACGUAAACCCAGUUUUGUGUCAACUCUUGGCUCUAAUUAUCACUAAAACUCAAUUCACAGCACAUUUACGGAUAGAUAGCGGAAGACAUUGUGUUUGUGACCACAAGUGUGUCCGCAAAGAGUUAGUCCACUAUCUGUUGAGUGUAUUUGUGGUGAUUAGGGAAGCGUUGAACGAUGUCUUCAGUGAGGAAAGCGACGCACGCAAGCAAUUGGUACUCAGGAUCUGCCAAAGAGUUGAGGAAUCAAUUGGAGAACUGGCUGUCGUGUGCGGGCCCGACCUCUCACGGUCCGGCCAGAGCUAUAAUCGCACCACACGCUGGCUAUCAGUAUUGCGGUUCUUGCGCUGCGUUUGCGUAUAAAGAGAUCAAUCCUCAGCAGACUAAACGGAUCUUCAUCUUAGGUCCGGCACAUCACGUCCGACUCGGAGGUUGCGCUCUAUCGCCAGCGAAGGUCUAUAAGACUCCGUUGUAUGAUCUGAAUAUCGAUCAGAAAAUUUACAGCGAACUCUUCGACACUUCGAUGUUUGAAGAGAUGACACUCCAGACCGACGAAGAGGAGCACAGCAUUGAAAUGCAUUUGCCGUUUGUGGCCAAAGUAAUGGAGGGCCAGUCGUUUACAAUCGUUCCCGUUUUGGUGGGCUCUCUCAACGCGGAAAAGGAGGCGCUUUAUGGCAAACUGUUCAGCAAGUAUUUGGCCGAUACGGACAAUGUGUUCGUCAUUUCGUCGGACUUUUGCCAUUGGGGCGCGAGAUUCAGCUAUCAGUACUACGACAAGGGGUCCGGAGAUAUCUAUCAGUCCAUUCAGAAGUUGGACGAAACUGGCAUGAAUACCAUUGAAAAGCUCAUCCCUUCGGGCUUUACCUCGUAUUUGAAGAAAUACGGAAACACUAUAUGUGGUCGACAUCCCAUUGGAGUGCUUCUCAAUGCCGUCCAUCAUCUGAAUGAGUCGGAGAGUGAGGAGAAGCCGACACUAAAGUUCUUAAAUUACGCGCAAUCGAGUCAUUGCCUAUAUAUGACCGACUCGUCCGUCAGUUAUGCGGCCGCGAGUCUCAAAUGGGGAUGAAUUUUGAGACCCAUUCAUGAGAAUAGUUCUCAAUUGAUUUGUGCCUCAGAUUCACAAACAAAGUCUGCAUUUCUUCUAACUUUUGGAUUUCUAUAAAUAUUCGGUAAUUUAAUUAAAACCCAAACCCUUUUGUAACGAAUAAAAUGACUUUUAAUUGAAAGAUUUGGUAAUAAUUACAAUGAUAUAAAAUAUGUGGAGAUUAA